AUGGCAUCGACAGUGUUAGUCAUUGGGACGAUCGUCAGCCUUCUACUGGGAAUCUUCGUACGGAGAUACACCUCGGGCUCCAACGUACCACCAGGGAGGAAGCUACCACCCGGGCCACCAGGUAAAUUCUUCGUGGGCAACCUCUUGGAUAUUCCACCGCAACAUUCAUGGUUGAAGUUCAAAGAAUGGGCAGAUGAGUACGGCCCGAUCUAUCGAAUCAGCAUCUUUGGGCGGAACUUGGUCAUGGUGUCGAAGGAGAAAAUCGCAAAUGACCUGCUGAGGGAAAGAGGAAAUAUAUAUUCUUCUCGAGAACAGCUGCCUAUGGCGGCACAAUUGCUGUCACAAAACCUGAGGCCUCUACUCUUGCCGUACGGAGAUCUAUGGCGUCGUGGCCGCAAGGUGAUGCACAACAUGACAAUGCAUGCUUCGGCAACGUCUUACCGACCGGUACAAAUCUACGAGUCGGAGCGACUUUUGUACGAUUUGAUUCAAACACCACAACAGUACGAGCACCUCUUCGAAAGGUACGCAGCGGCAGUAGUCAUGCGCUUAUGCUAUGGGAAAACUGUCAAGACCGGCAACGAGAAAUUCGUUCAGGACAUCAUCGAAAUCGUCCACACCGUCGAGCGAGUCGCCUCUCCAGGGGCGUAUCUUGUCGACACGUUCCCGAUAUUGAUGUAUCUGCCGAGCUGGGUGGCCCCAUUCAAGCGAGAAGCGGCUCGCUUACAUGCGCGAGAACUCCAAACGUUCCGCGGUCUACUUCUUGAAGUCCGAGACAAGAUGAGCACGAAUACGGCCCCGAAGUGCUUUGCGAAGACCUUCCUCGAGAGACAAGACGAAUACAACCUGUCAGACGACGAGGGGGCGUACGUGAUCGGUACGCUUUUCGAGGCCGGAGCCGGCACUACCGCUGCGGCGAUGAUGUCUUUUGUCCUGUGUAUGUGUCUUCACCCGAGAUGGCAGGAGUUACUGCACGAAGAAGUCGACCGUGUUGUUGGCAAUGAUCGCAUUCCAGAUUACGACGAUAUCGAGUCGUUGCCAACCUGCCGAGCCGUGAUCAAGGAGGUCAUGAGAUGGCGUCCUGUAACGGCUGGAGGAGUGCCGCACGAAUUGAUCAAGGACGAUGUCUACGAGGGAUACUUCUUCCCAGCCGGCACGAACGUCCACGCCAAUCAAUGGGCUAUUCACCGCGAUCCAGAGCUGUACCCGUCCCCUGACGAGUUCAACCCUGCCCGUUGGCUGGAGCCCGAGUACCCAACAUUUAGGGAGCCACUCACCAAGUUCCCCAACCUUCAGAACUAUUCCUGCUUCGGCUUCGGUCGACGCAUCUGCCCAGGCAUGAAUAUCGCCGAGAACUCGUUACACCUACUGGUUGCGCGGAUCGCAUGGGCGGCCACGAUUUCACCAAAGCCAGGUGUCACAGUGCCCGAAUACGACUAUACGAGUGGAUUCAAUGUGCAGCCUAAGCCGUUCACUUUCAACCUGGAAGCAAGGAAUGGGAGGGACGCCAUCAUCCAACGUGUAUGGGAUGCUGGUAAAGGCAGAGAUCCGCUAGACGAGGUUAAUACAUUGUGA